CCAUCGCACAGCCGUGUCGUGGAGUAGAAGUUACGGAAAAAGUCCGCGAUGAAUGUCAAAUUAAAAGGUUGACUAAUCGAAAUUAACAAUGUCAUUAACACAAGUAGCUAAACGUCCUAACUACUUUUUGUUUAACUACAUGCAUCAAAUUUCUAUAGUAUAUUUUUAUUAUACAAAACACUUUGAAAUAAAAUUUAAUUAGAUAUUCUGAACCAUUUUGGUAUAACUAACAGUUUUAAUUCCUCUAAGUGAUAUAAACAGUCGGUGCUUGUAAUAAUGGCUUCAAACUGUGGAACCAAAAAACAAAAAACAAACAAUUCAAUAGUUUUGCCAGAAAUGGGAUUUUUUUGUUUUGAUGUUUUGUAUAGUCAAUUACAUCAACUAGAACCUCCUAAAUCACCAAAUUUUAGUAAUGAUGCUUUCCCAUUAUUUGUUACGUGGAAAAUUGGAAAAGACAUGAGACUACGUGGUUGUAUUGGAACAUUUAACGCCAUGCAUUUACAUACUGGAUUGCAAGAAUAUGCCACAACCAGUGCCUUUAAAGAUACAAGAUUUAAUCCGAUCACAAAAGAUGAACUUCCUCGAUUACACGUGAGUGUUUCAAUUUUGCAACACUUUGAAGAUGGCUCUGAUUAUCUUGAUUGGACUAUUGGUGUUCAUGGAAUUAGAAUUGAAUUCCAUAACGAAAAGGGUAAUAAAAAAACCGCAACUUACUUGCCCAGCGUUGCUGCAGAACAAGGUUGGGAUCAAAUACAGACAAUUGAUUCAUUACUUCACAAAGGGGGUUAUAGAGGUCUAAUAACACCCGUUAUUAGACGUAGCUUAAAGCUGACAAGAUAUCAAAGUGAAGAAGUAACUGUUAGUUAUCACGAUUAUAUAACUAAGUGGUGUAAUCGACAAUGUUAAAAGCAAUCAAAAUUUACUGUAUAAGGAAAUUACUCCAACAAAACAACAUGUAUACAAAACUUGUUGGGAGUCAUGAAUUCAUCCAAUUCGUCUUAGAGACGAUCAUAAGGAAAGUGUUACUCAAAAAUAGACUGCAUGAAGGGAGCGAUAGCGAUUGACAGGUGAAUACAUUAUCUCACCACCAAAAAGUAGAUUUUUACUCACAGAGGCGAAGGAAGAAGAGUAAUAAAAAAAUUUAU